UCAACAAACAAACAAAACACAAACCCUAAGAAAAGUCAUCGAAAAGGAAAACGAGAAAUAAACAAAAGAUGGGUCCAGUCUCAAGUUCUUGGAGUUUCAACAAAUUCUUCGCUUUAGUUUGCGUUGUUUUCGCCAUCUCCGGUGAGUUCGUCGCCGGAUACUAUCGACCAGGCCCAUGGAGAUAUGCUCACGCCACUUUCUACGGUGAUGAGACCGGUAGUGAAACCAUGGGUGGUGCAUGUGGGUACGGAAACCUUUUUAACAGCGGCUACGGACUGUCCACGGCGGCGCUAAGCACGACAUUGUUCAAAGAUGGUUACGGAUGUGGCCAAUGUUUUCAAAUAACAUGUUCGAAAUCACCUCAUUGUUACUAUGGAAAAUCAACAGUGGUCACAGCCACCAAUCUUUGCCCUCCUAAUUGGUACCAAGACUCCAACAAUGGUGGUUGGUGCAAUCCUCCUAGAACCCAUUUCGAUAUGGCUAAACCGGCUUUUAUGAAACUCGCUAACUGGAAGGCCGGUAUCAUCCCAGUUGCAUACCGAAGAGUGCCAUGCCAAAGGAGUGGAGGUAUGAGGUUUCAAUUCCAAGGUAAUUCUUAUUGGCUUCUCGUCUUCGUCAUGAACGUUGGUGGCGCCGGAGACAUCAAGAGCAUGGCCGUGAAAGGUAGCCGCACAAAUUGGAUAAGUAUGAGCCACAAUUGGGGAGCCUCUUACCAAGCUUUUUCCUCUCUUUACGGUCAAUCUCUCUCUUUCCGGGUCACUUCUUACACCACCGGUGAAACCGUCUAUGCUUGGAACGUUGCUCCGGCUAACUGGAACGCCGGUAUGACUUACAAGAGCACCGCCAAUUUCCGUUGAAAUUACGCUUUUGACCUAACAAAAACUCAAACGGAGUUUUCACUUCUUUUAUUUCCUUUUUUAAAAGAGUUUCGGUGGCCUUUUUUGUUGUGGUGGCCCGGCUUUAUGUUAUACAUCUACAUGUAUGUAUAAUGUAUGUAUCUAACUGUGAUAUAACUCUUCUUAUAAAAAUCAUGAAGUCAACACUUCUUGAUCAAGGGAAUUUCGUUUUGUUAUUUGUAAAUUUUCUACCAAUAAAUCGCUUGCUUUUGU